AUGAGCACUGAACAAAAGCCCAUCCUCUACAGUUACUUUAGAUCUUCCGCUUCAUGGCGUGUCCGUAUUGCUUUGGAAUGGAAGGGUAUCAAGUACGACUAUAGACCUGUUGAUUUGUUCCAAAAUGCCAAUAACAAAGAUGAGUACCUCAAGGUCAAUCCCACACAAAAGGUGCCUGCCUUCAUCACCAAGGAGGGUAAGCUGCUAUCUCAAAGUGAGGCCAUCAUUGAGUACAUUGACGAAGCUUAUCCUGACCGUCCAUUACUUCCUAAGUCACCUUUCGAGAAGGCUCUUGUCCGUGAAAUUAGCCAGAUUGUUGCCUGUGAUAUUCAUCCCAUUCAAAAUCUGGGCGUCUUGAAGAGAGUUGCAGGAGAUGAUUUGGACAAGCGUGCUGCUUGGGCAAAGGAAUCUGUAACACUUGGCUUCAAGGGUCUGGAAGGAAGAUUGGCACAGACAUCUGGCACCUAUUCUGUAGGCGACUCAAUCACCAUGGCAGAUAUCUUUGUCUGCGCCAUGGUAGGCAAUGCUAAACGAUGGAACGUUGACUUGUCUGCCUUCCCUAUUAUUAGUCGCAUCAACGAUGCUUGCUCUCAGUUGCCCGAAUUCAUUGCUGCUUUGCCCGAGAACCAACCUGAUGCUCCCUCCAAAAACUAA